UGAACCAACCAUCCCAACGGAGGCGCUCGGUGUGUUCCUCCCCCCCCCCUUGUUGAGGCUUCGGCACGCGGCGGAGAAAGCAGACGGCUGUCCCCGCGUUGCGCCGCCGACCGACACAAAGCAGCGUGCCAGAUAGAUCUGCUGCUCUGUCGCUGCUGCGUCGCAUCUCUCAAAGUGAGAAGACUCGCUCUGCAAAUGCGCGUCCCCUGCUUUAACAAACUUGGACCUGCUGCCUCUGUCCGUGGCGAGCAAAAUCCAAUCCAGGCUCCUCUCCAGCUCUGCAAACCUCUGUCACUGCUGACUAACGAUGUGGGACCUCACAGCCCAGAACUAUUGCUAAACUAUUCCAAAUCAACUUUUUGUUAGCCCGGUCUAUGUGGAAGUGCGCUGGGAAUAACUGGAGUACACGCACCUCUUUAAUUUAUAGGGGGUUUUAUCACCUGAACUAAUCUGACUGUCCAAAAUCCAAGACAGGUCCGACUCGAAGGGAUGCGUAAACGAGCAUGAUGCUCUGCUUUCUUACCUUCUGUCGUUGCUAACGCUCAUAGGGAACAAGAUGGAAUUGUAAACUAUGUGGAGUCAUUCUUGAGGAUUAUCGAGUCGCGGCUCUCCCCCUGGUGUAUGGAGAAUAGCAGCCCAAGGAUGACGGGUGGAACGCGGGAGGCAACUGUGAACUCUUCUCCGGCUGUGGCGUCCAACGCGGAAGGCGAGGAGAUCGAGGUUUUGGAAAGCACCGACGUCCUCCCCUUGGCUCCAGAGGAUCAAUGGAAGUCUCUGUUUGACAAGUAUGACCCAGAGAAUUCGGGCUUCAUCAGUACAGAGCGGUUCAGGGACCUGCUGGCGACCCACGGAUCUGAGCUCGACCCCCACAAACUGGAAGUCCUAUUGGCCCUCGCCGAUGGCAACGCUGACGGAAAGAUCUGCUACCAAGACUUUGUCAACCUGAUGAGUAAUAAGCGCUCCAACAGUUUCCGGAGGGCCAUCCUGCAGGGGAGCAGGCAGCUCAAAGGCUGCAGUCUCAAAGAUGAGGCGGGCUUGGGGCUUUCUCAACGGCUGGUCCGACACGUCGCCUACGAGACGCUGCCCCGCGAGGUCGACCGCAAGUGGUACUUUGACAGCUACACCUACUGUCCCCCACCCUGGCUCAUCCUUGCUAUUACCAUUGCUGAGGUAGCCGUGUUCAUGUACUAUGGGUUCCAGCUAGAGCGCUUGGUCCUGCAGGUAUCCAGCCCGUCCUUCCUAAAGAGCCCCUUGCCUUACCACCCCCAGCUACGAGCCCAGGCCUGGAGGUACCUCACCUACAUUUUCAUGCACACUGGGAUUGAACACCUGAGCCUGAACAUGGCCAUGCAGCUGUUGGUGGGAGUCCCUCUAGAAAUGGUCCACGGAGCCCUGCGGAUUGGACUGGUCUACAUGUGUGGUGUGCUGGCAGGGUCUCUGGCGGUUUCUGUCACCGACAUGACGGCUCCAGUGGUCGGCUCAUCUGGUGGAGUUUAUGCUCUGGUCUCAGCACAUUUGGCCAAUGUAGUAAUGAAUUGGUCCGGGAUGAAGUGUCAGUUUAAGUUGUUCCGGAUGGCCAUGGCUCUGGUUUGCAUGAGUGUAGAGUUUGGUCGGGCAGUGUGGCUGCGGUUUUAUCCUCCGGCCUUUCCUCCAUGCCCGAAUCCCAGCUUUGUAGCUCACCUGGGAGGAGUAGUGGUUGGUCUGACGCUGGGCGUGGUGGUCCUGCAGAACUACGAGCAGCGACUCCAGGAGCAGUCCCUGUUCUGGAUCUUCUUCUGUGUCUACACGUUGUUUGUGCUCUGCGCCGUCUUCUGGAACGUCUUUGCCUACAGCUUGCUUGACGUGCGACUUCCCCCGCCACCUUGACUUGCUUAUUAGAAGUAGACUAGACCCUGAAUCCCCUUUAUUCAUUCACCAGUAGAUCCCUGACCGCCUGGCUGGAUGAUUCACCUCAGCCCUCAUAUUCUGAGCCUCAUUGUGGGGGGAUCAGAGUCGUCUGACAGCCAACCUCAUCCUACAUCCACAUCUACGCUGUGAUGCAGGGAUGCACUUGACGUGCAGUAGCCCUUGCUGUUGGCCUGCUGUACCUUUUUCAGACCAACUGUUCCUUUUUCGGGUUAAGCCUUACCCUCGUUUCCACUUACCAUACAAGCUAACCUCCCCCUGCUCUUUGUCUACAUCUCUGUUGGAUGUUUGUGUCAAGAUCAUCAGGACUUUUUUCAAUGACAAAUGAGAAGUCUCAGAUCCAACACAACAGGUACAAGCAGGAACAGUCCUCUCCACAUUGCUUAACCUUCUCUGCCUACUCCUCCUCAAUCCAACGGUGCCUUCUCAUGGAGACGUCAGCCCGAUAAAAGUAUUUCUGCACAGUUGCCUCUUGUAUAGGGUGACAGCAGUAAAACCCUGCAGUAUAAACUGUUUUCAGACAGAAGAGUUCCUGAAAAUCCUGUAAUCUGCCUGCGCCAUCAUCAUCAGUAAAUGAAGAAUAAGGUCAUAUGAGAAUUUAGGCUUAGUUGAUGUUUUGUCAUCAUUACAAGCAGCUCAUAAACAGGAUUAAACAGACAGCAGGAGAGCUAAACCUCUCCACGUUUGUAGGGAGAGCAUGGAGUAUAUAGGCUACUGCAACCUUCAAAAUAUAUUAUGAAUCUACUUUUUUGAAGUUAAGUGUUGGUUAUUAUUCAGUGUUGCCUUCGGCAUUUGGCACUUCACCAGAGAAGGAUUCAUUUCAACAGCACUAUUUGAACCUCAAACUUGUGUCUUUUGACUUUUUUGUGUGCUAGUAGUGUGGCAAUUGUACAGAUAAAAAAGAAAAAAGAAAAAAAGAAGCAGAAGUGCCAUUUAGAUUUUUAAGCUUUCAAAAA